CAUAGAAAGUUUGUGUAAAGAGGAAGGUGAUUUGCAAUGAGAAGACCCCCUGACACUACUUAUUAAACAUGGGCUGCUGCUUCAGUAAGGAAUUGAGUAACAGCACAAGUGAGGAGAAAACCAGCUUGUUACAAAAAUCUGUGGAAGAGGAAGCACCAAAGUCAAGGAUAAGUAAAACUUUAUCUUCAAUUUUUGGAACUGUGGAAAGCCAGGAUCUGCAUACAGUGGGAAGGACAGUUAAUGGGGCAGCUGUGACAGUCGGCAUUGAACGUGUUUGUAGUGAUGAUUGUGCAGUGUCAGAUUCUAAAUCUGGUUUUUGGGGUAGAAAAGGAAAGUAUUCGUCAUAUAACAGCAUGGGGAAUACUCCCCAUGUGAGCCCUAGGAGGACGUAUGGCAGACCUUUUAGCUUCUUUAAUUCCUUUAGUCACCUCUUGAAAGUCUCUGGUAUGUAUGGAAAUCUGCAGACAAGUGAAGAAAAGAAAGAUAAGGUUAUUAAAAACAGAGCACCUAAAAAACUUAAUAGUAAUGGUCAGCAUGUGAACAAUAUAGAAAAUAAUAGCACUAUUAAUAAUGAGAAUGUAGCUUCACAAGAGCAUUGCUUGUUUGAUCAUAUUUCUAAUUCACACGUACCAGAUAUUGUAGACAAAGGCUUACAGAGUGAAAUUUCCUUAAAUAGAAAUUCUCUGGAGGAUUAUGCAGUUACAUGUGACCAUUCAAGGCAAAAUGAAACAACAGUAAAUGUUGAAGACAGCAAGAGUGACAGCUUACAGAAAGUUUCGAGUUCAUAUAGAGAGAUGUCUCCAACAUUUUCCUGUCUUGAUGUAGACACCAGUCAAAAUGUGAAAGACAAGGAGUUUUACAGCAUUUGUGUUGUAGAUGCCGAAGAUCUGAAAGGGGAUGAAGAGGUGCCAGCUACUGUGCAUGAAGAGACUGCAGCAGACGUAGAUAACUCAGCUGUUACUGAUGAAGGAAUGUGCACCAUGGCACGACCUCUAGACAGGGGGAAGGAAUUUCCAAUGAAACAAUUGGCACAAGUGGACGCUGAGUUUAAUUCACAGAAAGAACUGUUUGAGUAUAAAAAGGAGGAUAGCUCAAACCUGGAGAAAAAGGAUACAAAGGAAUAUUGUAGCCUAGACAUCCAGUGUUCUUUUGAUAACUUACUGACUGAUAGGUGUCAGGUGCAUAGGUUAAAUACUGACAGUACAGUAACAGAUGUCUUAAAAGCAAAAGUGCCUGGUGAAAUCAUCCCUGAGAAUCAGCAAGAGGAGGUAUAUACCAUGGGUUGUGCUGCCAGUUGGAAUGAAUCACUGCAUACAGCUUGUGAUUCUGUAAAGCCUGUGGAUGCUGCUGAAGAGGACCAAUACAGCCCUGAUUCAGAAAAGGUGAAAAACAGUGAUUGUAUUUCCAAGGUAUUGUUAAACACUGGACUAUCAAAUUCAGGAAAAACCGAAGGAAGUAAUCAUUCUGAUGUUGUAGCACUAGUUGUGCCACUAACUAGGCAUUCCUCAAGUGUCGCAGAGCAAAUAAAUACUAAACAGGUGGUAGACAACAUAGGGGAUAACGUUAAAUUGUCAUUGGAGUUACAUGAAAUGGAUAGUGUAGACAGACUUGAUGAAGAAGUCUGCUUUCUAGAGCCAGAAAGUGAAGUAAACUCAAAUGUGGAAAAGAAAACACUUGACAGAACAUAUGGUGAUAGCCAAACAUUUUCACCAGAUUCUAGUGAACAUCGCAGCAGUUUUGAAGAAUCCUUGAAAGAGGGAGAGAAAUGCGCUGGUACAGUUUCUCAUAGCUGUGAAGCUUUGAACAUGACUGAAACACAGCUAAACUUGGAGGAAGGUUCUGAUUUUCAAACUCACAUUAAGGGUUGCACUGAAAUCAAGACAUCAUCUGAAGCUGCAAUUCACAGUGGCAUGGAGGAAGAUACCUGUGUGAGUGCCACUGAACUAAAAGGUGACUUGUUUGAGGAAGCUGGUGACUUGAGCAGAACUGGAUCAGGGAUAAGUGAUGGCACUGUGGAACCUCAUGCACAUAAUGCAAGCAGAGGUGAAAUGUUCCUAAAGGAAAACAGCCUAGAGUGUCAGGUUUCACAAGAGUUACUACAAAGUAAAGACAAAGUAUGCAAAUAUUCAAAUCCAGAUAACAAAACCAGUGUCUCUUCUGUGUCUGUGGAAUGUGAGCAUAUGAAUAAAAUAGAUAUGAACAGCAGACAAGAUGAACAACAGGAUGUAUGUUCCUUCCACACAGUGGAAAAUCAAUGGAGUGCAGAGACUGAGUCAGCCAAAAUAGCUGGGCAUGUAGUAGAAUCUGUAAAACAGACAAAAUUUGAAGGUCAACUAAAUGAGUCCAUUGAUAACAAGGCAGAAAAUGUAAACCAGAACCUGGAUGGUAACAUUGCUGAUUGUGAUAAAGGCAUCUUCAAUUGCAGUAAAGGCUUGGCUGCCAGUCAGAAUGCUCCCUCAGACUCCACUGUACCUGCAGCCACGGACAGUUAUAUGGACAGGAGUGUAAAAUUAAAAGGUGCCACUAAAAAUCUGGAAGAUGCCAGUAAACUCUUAAAUAAAGACCAUAAUGUUUUGCCUGUAUUGUGUCAAAAUGCAUGUUGUCAUGAGCAUGAUAAACCAGCAGAAGAGCCUGAGUUGUGUUAUUGUGCCAGUCCAGAGCCAGAAGUUGGGAACACUCAAACUCCUGUUGGGCCUUUUCCUGAAGAAAGAUCAGAAACUCAUGAUAAAAAUAUGUGUGAUGUAAAUGAAUGUAAUCUUCAGGAAGGUGAAAUAAACCAGUAUGUCAGCAGCCAUGCAGAGGAGAACCUCACUGAUAUUGGUUUAUCAGCUGAGAAUCUAGAACCUUUUACCAGGGGGAAUUUGGAGCAGUUGCAAGCCAAGACUAUUGAACUGAAAAGCACCAGUUACAUAUUAAAUACUCAGAUGAAUGACUUGACCACAAGCUGGGAACAGAUGCAGCCAGAUCACAAGAUUUUCUCAAACAAAGAGCUUGGAGUUUGUGUUGACCCAAAGCAGGUAGACAAAUACGCUGCUACUCCUUCUUAUGAAAUACCCGGUGCCUCUCCUGGUGCAGCAGGAUUUCAGCAAGGCAGAGAGCAGUGCGUGUUAGGUCUGAUGGAAGAUGGAUCAAGUGACCAAAAGCAGUCCUAUGACCUGGAGAGACAAAAUCCCCACGUUGAAAUGUGGUCACAUUUCAUCAAUCUUCAGACUGGCAAUGCUGAUUGGACAAAUCAGCUGCUUUCUGACACAGUUCCUUCUGGUAAUGGUGAAUAUCUAGUGGGCUUUUUAUGGAAUAAUGCGGCUCCUAAUGAUACCAUGAAGAACGACAGACUGUGUAUAGUUAAUGAAAACUUCCAAAAUGAACAUGAAAAUUUAACAAGUGCUUCAUAUGCAGUGGAAACAUACCCAUAUCAGCUGCUAGCACCGGAACAUGCUGGUACGUGGGGAUGGCACAAUAAAGACGAACUUGAGUCAGCCAAGGUUUCUGAAUUAAACCCCAAUGCAAAGGUGUGGGGAAAUCAUAUGUUACACUUGGAAGCAAGUGGUGCCACUGAUGGUAGCGUGAGCAAAACGUGGGAAGAAAUACCUGACCAGCCUCCAGAUUCCUGUACAGAAGAAAGAGCACUUUUGAGUGUGUCUGUGACGUGUGCUGCAGGACUGGAUGCCAAUGGCGAUGGCGACAAGAAGCAUCAGAACGCGGUGCUGACAGAGCUGCCGGAGCCGAGCGCGGCCGUUCCGGGCUCAGAGCAGGCGGAUAUGAACCCUUUGGCUCUCGAUCAUUCCGACUAUGAGUCUAUGCAUGAAACCACCCAGACAGGUGGAAACGAACAGUUGCAGCCAGAAGGUCAGGAAGAUUUACGAGAAUUACUGAAAAAGACACUGGAAUUCUGUUUAUCUAGAGAAAAUCUUGCCAGUGACAUGUACCUUAUAUCACAGAUGGACAGUGAUCAGUAUGUGCCAAUAAUGACAGUAGCAAAUCUUGAUCAUGUCAAGAAACUCAGUACUGAUAUGGAUUUGAUUGUUGAAGUGCUGAGAUCGUUGCCUUUAGUUCAAGUGGAUGAAAAGGGGGAAAAAGUUCGGCCAAAUCAGAAUCGCUGUAUUGUGAUUUUACGUGAAGUACCCGAAUCUACUCCCAUUGAAGAGGUUGAAGCACUUUUCAAAGGAGAUAAUUUGCCUAAGUUCAUCAACUGUGAGUUUGCCUAUAAUGACAAUUGGUUCAUCACAUUUGAAUCGGAAGCUGAUGCACAGCAGGCUUACAGAUACCUUAGAGAAGAAGUGAAGACUUUCCAAGGAAAGCCAAUUAAGGCAAGGAUAAAAGCAAAGGCAAUAGCUAUAAACACAUUUUUGCCAAAGAAUGGAUAUAGACCUCUGGAUAUGAACCUCUACACGCAGCAGCGCUACACAACUUCCUUUUACAUACCUCCAGUAUACAGUCCCCAGCAGCACUUCCCACUGUACAGCCUAAUUGGCCCACAGACCUGGUCAGCCACACACAGCUACCUUGACCCUUCACUGGUAACACCAUUUCCAAAUACUGGAUUUAUCAAUGGGUUCACAUCUCCAACCUUCAAGCCUGCUGCUUCUCCACUGACAACACUCAGACAAUAUCCUCCCAGAAACAGGAAUCCUAGCAAGUCACAUAUACGACAUACAAUACCCAGUGCAGAAAGGGGACCUGGGCUUCUAGACAGUCCUACAAUAUUCAACUUUUCUGCUGAUCGUUUAAUCAAUGGCGUCAGGAGUCCACAGACGCGGCAGCCGGGACAAAGCAGGACACGGGUGCAGAGCGCGACCACCAGUUACACCAAGAGGGAAGUGGGAACUGGGCGGAUGGAACAGACCAGCCUUGACUCGUCCCCUGGAUUAGGGAGAGGAAGGAAAAACUCAUAUGGCUACCGAAAGAAAAGGGAGGACAAGUUUACAAGAGGCCAAACACAGUCUCCACCACCCCCAAAACCUCCAUCUCCCAGCUUUGAAUUGGGUUUAUCUAGCUUUCCUCCAUUACCCGGGGCUGCUGGCAAUUUAAAGGCUGAAGACCUGUUUGAAAACAGACUGUCCAGUGUGGUAAUAGGAACGUCAAAAGAAAGAAACAUUAAUGUGGAUGCAAGUACAAACACUAUUCCAUCAGGAAUUCCUCGAGAGCCGUUACCAGUUUCUUCUACAUUGCCCAGGACCUUUGAAAGGUCUCCUUCGCCACCCCAGCCUACUGAGGACUCCAAAGUUGUGGAUAAACAGCAGAGAGAGACACAGAGUACAGAAAGACUUUCUUCUUCCACUCUGAGUACUGCAUGUAAAUCGGUACAAGUCAAUGGGGCUGCCAUAGAACUGCGAAAACCUAGUUACGCGGAAAUUUGCCAGAGAACAACUAAGGAUCCUCCUACGUUGCAACCCCAGAAAGAACAGAAGCCAAACACUGUAGCAUGUGGGAAAGAAGAAAAAAAGCCCACAGAAACAAUAGAGAAAAACAGAGAACCUCCUCCUGCAAAGUCACAUCCUGGACAACCCAAAGACCAGAGAAGACAGUCAGGACGCAGAUCGUCCCCUCCAGCCGUUGGCAAACGCUUAAAUAAAGAACAGAGUACCCCUCCAAAAUCUCCUCAGUGAAAAUAACACCUGGGAGGGAUUUGAGAAGAGGUCUGUUUCCCACAAAUUAAACCCAUGUUCCCACUAAGAUACCUGAGAAUGAGUUGCUGGUUAGGAGCUUGCAGUGAUACAAGGCAUGUAACAAUGCCUGCAAGAUAUUUUUUUGUGAAAUACUUUUUCCCCCUCUUGAACAAGCAUUCUAUUUUUCUGGGUAUUUCUGGGAUAGUUGUUCUAAACCUUACAUUUAGAUUGGUGCUUAAUUGGAGGUGAAGCUUAGUGUGAUUUUUUUUUUUCAAGGUGUAAAAUAUUUGUCUUUAAAAAAAAAAUCAACUUUUUAUUAAGCCUCUCUGUGGCUGUGUGAGUGCAAGUUCUGUAUAGUGAGUUUUUUCUAAACUGUUAAGCAGAAACAUGCUGCUGCAAUAUUUUUAAUAAACUGGUCUGCAAGUACAUAUCUAAAUUAGUGUCCAAAAGACUGAUACCGGCAGCUAGUGUGUAGAGUGCAAGAAAGUAGAUAUAUUUUACAAAUUAGUAUGUGACCUUGAAGAUUUUUUUUUAUUGGGCUGCUGUACUAAGUGUCAGCAAACGAACUUGCACUUUUAGGUUAAACGAGUAGCUGUUUCUAGCAUUUUUAAAAACUUAAUCUUUUUUUGAUGUUUUGCACACACAAACUUAAUUCUACAGGGCACCAUAGCAGUCUUUCUGAAAUAUUUCCUUUUUUGACUUACUGCAAGCAAGUAACCAUCUUCUCACUCCAGAAUAAAACUGAUGUUGUAAUUUGCAAAUACAAAGCACAUUGUGAAUAGAAAGAAUCAAGUCUGUGAGCUUCUAUGGUGGUGAAGCCUGUUAGUGGAUGUUAUCAGGAGAAAGCAGAGUAGCCUUCUUGUGAUAACCUUAGCUUCCCUGUGCUUGUAAGGGAGUUAACUGAGUCAGUGCUGUAUAUUCUGGUUACCCCUGUGCUCUGUGUAGACUUUUUUUUUAAAACUCUGCCCCAAGUGCUCUUUGAAAGAGUUCAUAUCUUAGUCAGCCUUGUGUUGACAUCUUCCUGUAACUACAAGCAUUGGCAUACGGAUUUAAAUUUUUCAAGACGUGAGAUAAUGGUGUUUGUUUUGUGUGGUGGAGGAAGAGAUCCCUGAUAUUACCUCUGGGAUGAGGUUUCUCACACUUACUUACUUUAGAAGUGAUGCGCUUUCUGAAGGACAAGGAUGCACUAAAUUAGCAAGUUUCUAAUAAAGUUGAAUAUAAAUUAUUUUUGUUUUAAAAUGCCUAAAGCUUUUCUUUAAGUGUUUAAACUGCAGGAAGUUCAGACAAAACUCAUUCCUGCUGACUAUGACAGUACAGUUUAUUCCACAAAAAUGUUUAUUUAAACAACUGAUUUUUUUAAAGAAUUAUUUCCAUCCAAUAUUUAAAGACUUGAAUUUUAUUUAAACUUGAAAAUGACUUUGCCUUAACUUUUGUACAAGACAGUUUAGAGUUAAUGAGGUCUGACCCCAUGGAGGGUUAGCAUGAAUGGCAUACAGAAUUACUCAGUUACAGUAUGUAUCUAUUGUCACUGGUCUUACUGGGUAAACAUACUGUAGUACAGGAACUAGCAGCAGUUUUUGUAAUAUACCUUAAAGAUCUUAAACAGUUGAUCUUUUUCAGAUUGUUGAAAAACCUGUAAAUGCAAAUAGUCAAUACUGUAUUAAAUAUGUGCACUUGGAAGUGUGUGCUUUGCUUGUACAGUUGUAAAUAAUCAGAACAUAUAAAAAGGUACCCUAAAGAAAAAAAUCUGAUAAAAAUUAUUGAUAUUAUAAAUGUUGCUGUUGAGCUGGAUGUAGAUAAACUAAAUGUUGUGGUUUGAAUAUUACUUUAAUUUGUUGUUUUUUCUUUUUCUUAUUUUAUUCUGGUGUGUUGAACUGACUCUGCCUCUUCACUGCAAAAGGGAAAUGGAACGAAAAUCUUAUUUGAAAGCCCUCAAAUAUUUUCCUAAAGUCCCUUUAAAACCAAACAAUUUAACCAAUUGAAAAGUGUUAUGCAAUGUAAAUAAUGAAUUUCAGCAGUCAAACUGUAAUUUUUAAGUCAUUAAUAAAAAUCAAGUCUAAUUGGGAAAAACCUGACUGCUGCAAAAGUAUACACUGAAGCUUACUUGUCUGCUUUCAAGAGUAUCAAUGCAUGGUUCAUAGAACUGUAAAGUAACUAUAGAAGUUGACUCCUGAUAAAUUUCCUAUUACAAGCAUCAAUUGGUAACCAGUUGGCAUUGUAAAUCCAGCCUGUUGUAUGCUGUAGAAUUGGUCAAAAUAGGGCAUGUGGAGUCUGUUGAUUUUUUUCCUGUUUCCAAAGCGCACUUUGUGAAUGCUGUGGGAGGAGAUAGGACCCCGACACCAUCACCAAAACUGCUCAACUACUUCUGUCAUUGGACUUUUUUAUCCACUUCUCCUUUCCCCAGUGGCAGUGAAAGCGGUAGCUAGAUUUGUGUAUGGUUUAGGCCAGCUGUAUGAUUCAUUUUGUUUGUCUGCUGCAAGUGAAAGGCUUUACCAGCUGCAAACAGUGGCAAGUGGUCCCUUCCAGCGGCUGUGAGCGGCUCGUCCUGGUGCUCAGCCGGUACCCGAGGUGAUCUGUUGAGACCAGUGGGAUGUGUUGUGCUGUUCUAAUGUAUUCUGCUGCCAUUUGUGAUAGGUCAAUACACUGUAAUUACUGCUUACCCAGCAACAGUCUGUUGCAUCUAAAGUUUAAACCUUCCUCUGAUGUGGUUUUAUAGUUUUUUUUUUAAAAAAAAGUGACACGCCAAAUCGCUGUGUAAUAUACAAUACAACUUCUUACUGUAUUUUGCUUUGAGAUUUAUUCCUUCCACCCCCCACUCGGUGACAAAAUGGAGUUUUCAGAGUAGAGUUGUGAAGUUGCAUGCAGACUGUUGCUAUGAUACAGAGAGGGAUUAAAACAUAGCUUUUAAAAUUAAAAAUCUCCCAAAAGCAGUAGCUGAGCUCAAGGUUCAGGGAUCCAGUAAUUAAAAUUGGCAUUUUACCCUGCUAGAACUGUGUGGUGAUGGCUUUUCAUUUUGAAAACAAGUCAAAAUGGGAUCUGAGGUUCUUCCAGGAAUUUUAGAAAAAAGGUUGCUUUCUAAACUGAAUGUAAUUUCAGAUCGGUCCUGCCCUGUGACACUGUCACUUAGAAAUGUGUAGCAGUAGCAAUUUUUUUAUGUUGCUGCAUUGUCUUUCAAAGCCUUGAGCCCUUGGCAUGGAAAGGCCAUUGUUGGAGCGUGGGGCAGUGUAUCAGGAGCAACAGCUGACUGUAAUGGUGCACACCUAUCUCUGUAUCUCCUUCAGCUACAGGUAGGGGUUUUGUGCUUCAUAACCUAUUACACUAAUAGCAGCAGACAAUCCAAGAUUUCUAAGGAGACCUAACAGCUGCCAAUUCACGAAAUAGAAGUGUGAUAUGGGAGCCUUUUUGAGGGUUUUUGUUUUUGUUCUUCUUCCAUUAAGACUGGAAUCAAGCUUACAUGUAAACUAUCAGUAAUUUAAGUUUCCUUUUGUGUCAUAAAAAUGUAAAACUGUCUAAUUUGAAAAAAAAAAAUAUGUAGGUUAUGAAAAAUAAAGAUUUAGGCACUGUUGAA